AUGUCAAUAGAUAACGAUCCGUUGAUUUUAUCCAAUUUUUCAAGACGUCGUUUAUGUUUAUCAAUGGCAAAAGAAACGAUGAAUGAUGUGAAAGAUUUCAUUGAUCAGUCCGAACGGAGUAUCAGUGAAAAACAGAAACUCUUUGAAAUUCAACGUGACGAUAUUCAUCAUUCAAUCAAUCGAACGUUUAAUAAAAUAUUCGAACAAUUGAUUGAGAUUCGACGAUUUUGUCGAAAUGAUAUCCAACAGCAAACAUUGAAUGCUCAAAUCGAAUUGCAACAAAUGCUUGAUGCAGUACAAUGUAUACGAACAAAAUCAGAAUUGCAACGUUGUAUGCAACGCUUACCUCAACUGGUUCUCUCACCUCCGCGUGAUCUAGAUAAUCUCUCAUCGUAUUUAACAGCAUCGAUUUCUUCAACAAUACCGUACAGUCUACCGCAAACACCACCAUCACCAUCUCAACCUGUCUCGGAACAGAAUUUACCUAAUAUCAAUGUUCUGUCGCCAACAACGACAGUCAGCUCAAGCAAAAAUUCACAUUGUGCAUUUAAUUUGAGUCAUUUCAAAUUUGGUCAAAGUAUUGUCUUAGCUUAUCCAUGUGAUAUGAUUGCUUCAAAUGGACGUACGAUUCUUUCUUAUGUGAUCGAAAGAAAUUUUCUUAAUUAUUCAACUGUAUCCGGUGUUCAUCUUUCAAGUAACAAAGUCUAUCGACUAUUAGCACCGAUAACGGCAAACAAUGCACGAAUCUGGGAUCUAACAUGGUGUUCGUGGAGUAAAUUUUAUCUCAUCGUGGGUAAUUUAGGUCUUUAUUCGGUUUGUUAUCCAUAUGAUACAAAUCCUCAUACAACAGAUCAUUCGCCACAAGUAACCAAAUUAAUUAGUUUCCGUGGUUUCGCAUUUCAGCAUGUUCGCGUAUCGUGCCAUUCGACUGGUUGGUAUAUUUACAUGAUUGAACAUCAAAAUGUCUCGAUUGAUUUGUAUGACCGUCGAUCUGGUCAACAUUUACGUCAUUAUGAUAAUCAUACUCAACAUGAUUUUCUUCCACUCGGUUUCCAUGGGUUUUGUCUCAAUGAAAAUCUCUUUUCGAUUGUGAAAAAAACUGAAGUUCUUUCAACGAUCAACAAUCCGCAUCAAACGAAAAACGAACAGAAUGUUCAAGUUUUCUUCUUUGAUUUACAUUCGAUGACAUGUGUACAACAAAUUUCAUUACGUCAUUGUUCGAAUGUUUAUGAUAUUAAAUGUUGCUAUGGAAAGAAUGUUUUCAUGAUUUUGGCUGAACCAAUGCAAUUGAUUUUGGUUAAUCUGGACACGAAUGAAUUAAUACGUAAGAAAUUGUUAGAUGAAGGUAAACAUUUGUGUAUGGUCAAUGAUAAUGAAGUGUUUAUCUUACGUUCUGAAUGUUCAAUUCAAGCGCUGCAAUAUCGCAGUAUUAGAUAA